GUUUUAUUUUGUUGUGCCUUCAGAACUGUGUACUGUUGGCAAUCUGUCGCGUUGUUGUACGCUACGCGCAUCGCGUGUCUCUUUCUCUCGCUCGCCGUGUGUACGUUUUUUCAAUGGGUUUUAUUUUGUUUUGGUCGCUUGUUGAGUGUGACGAUCACCUGAGAGACCGAUCCACCAUUCAGUUCGGUUCCAAUGAUAUGCGCGAUAUGACUCGUUCCGCGCGUUCAUUUGUCACAAUCGUUUUGGUUUAUUUGCCGAGUGUCGAUUUUAUGGUGUGAGAAAAACAAAAUCCGAACAAAGUUCAUUGAAAAACGAAUUGCUUUGAGAAUAAAUGUUCAUUUUCAAGUUGAAAAUAAUAAAUUGGUGCUUUUACUGUGCAGAACAGUGACUUUGAAUAUUUCGAUGUGGAUGCGGGUAUUUAUGCAAUCAUUACGGGCGAUUAGAGUUUGUCAUUAGUCAAGAAUGGUUGAAAUGUUGUUGCUGAUGGCAGAAUAACCACCGAAGGCGAAUGAUUCACACGUUUGACACAGCCCGUUAUGUGAAGUGCCAAAGUCAAGUGCAAAAAGUGCAAGUUUUUUUUCGGGUUUUUACAUCGACCAUUUCUAAUUGCUACCGGAAAUGUUCCUUCAACAUUAUUUAGUUUUAACAUUUUAUUCUCACAACAAAGUGUCAUUCUCAUUGUGUUGACUGUUCCAACUAGUUCCCUUCGUUACCAGCAAACACUGUUCUGUCAUGUGAAAUGAAACAUGUGUAAAGUCGUUAAAAAAUGAAUUAUUUUGAUUAUUUGUGCGGUGUUUAUGAGAUUUGCUUCCGAACGCCGGCCAAAUUGACUGAAAAGCAGCGCUCAAAAUUCGAGGAGCCCCAAUUUUACGAUUACUCCGAAAAACCGAUCGCCGAAAGUUUCAUUGGUGCGUCCACGGUGAAUAUAUUUGCAAAGAGUCCACAUUUUGCGGCCGCAUCGUCGUUGAGUGAAACCAAAACAGCAAAAUUUCAUAAGAGCGAUUGGGACAUUGUGCCAAAAUCAUGUGCCGGCGAUUGGUUAUUACGAUACUCACAAAAUGAAACCAAUUUCAAUCCGUGGCAAUUUGAUGCAAAAUUUUCACACUUUGAAUUGGUUCCGUGGCGUCAGCAAAAUAAACGAAUUGAUUUGGCCAAUGCAAUUGGUUGGGAACCCAUUGAUCAAACGCCGGCCACACAACAGCAAUUGCGCACCUUGCAAAAAUUCGAAUCAGCACGUUCGAAACGCUUACAAAAACAACGGUUGAAAUUACAACGUGAAAAAUUCCGUCGUCAAAUCAAAAUUCGAUUCAUUUUGUCGUUGGAAGUGCGUCAAAAGAAAAUGAAACUGUUUCGAGCGAAUCGUUCGAGUAGUGCAAUGCAAACGGCAGCCACCUAUCAACGGAAACUCGUCUUGCAACGUGAUCAGCAUUUAUUUGUGUUCGAUGAGAAUGUAUACGAUUUGGCGGCGCAUUGGGGCUAUUUCAGUCAACGGAACAAAGGCGUGGAGGAGAUGCUAGUCAAUAAUGCAUCACAAUUGAAUAUGUCGCGAGUGCAAAAGAGCAUAACCUAUCCGAGUGGAUCGUCGCCACAUCGAAGCACACCCGAAAUUAUUGCCAAGGAAAUUCAACAGCAGCCAAUCACUCAAGUGGUGGACAUUGUGCCAUGUGAAAAAUGCCACAGUCGACCAACACUGGGUUGUAACGCAGCGAACGAACUCAACAUGCAUACGCAUUUGGGUUCGCUUAAUUCAUCGCCAACACAUCCGUUGAUGCCGUCAAUGGAUCGACCGAGUGGCGGUGGUGCCUUGGCUUUACAUUAUGCAGCAGCUCGGGGAUGUUUAGAUUGCGUUAGGCUACUUGUCGAAGCUGCCCCAGAAAUCAGUGCAAACACCCAAAUGGACAAUGAUGUAACGCCAGUAUAUCUAGCAGCACAAGAGGGACAUUUAGAAGUAUUAAAAUUUCUCGUACUUGAGGCUGGCGGUUCGCUAUAUGUUCGUGCACGUGAUGGAAUGGCACCGAUUCAUGCAUCUGCUCAAAUGGGCUGCUUGGAUUGCUUGAAAUGGAUGGUCGAAGAUCAAGGUGUCGAUCUAAAUUUACGUGACGGCGAUGGCGCGACUCCGUUACAUUUUGCUGCGUCCAGAGGUCAUUUGUCAUGUGUACGUUGGUUGUUGAGUCACGGUGCUAAAUUGUCGCUUGACAAAUACGGCAAGAGUCCGAUUAAUGAUGCGGCCGAGAACCAACAAGUUGAGUGUUUGAACGCUCUCGUACAACAUGGCACAGCUGCUGAAUAUAUGGAUUCGAAUAUGAAUAGUGUGAAUGGCACACGCACAAAAACCGCCUCAAAGGCAUCGAAAGGAUCGUAUCACAAGAAAAUGUCCACAUCAUCCCACAAUACGCUCAUGUCGAAAUCGUCAACGGGAAGCUCCGACACGGAACCGUUUUACUUGCAUCCGCCCAGCAUUCGUCAAUCGCACGAAAACAUUUACGGUGCGGCAACAAUGCGAAAUUCAUCGUCACCGCCGGAAGUGACGUACGGUGUUCCAAAUGAUGGCCUUUAUAUCAAUCCAAUGCGAAAUGGUGCAUUGACAUCGCCCAGUCCAAACGGAAGUGUUUCGGGCGAAUCAUUCUAUUUGCACGAUCCGCAAGAGGUUAUUUACAAUCGUGUCAAAGAUUUGUUUGACUCAGACAGCGGUGGCAGUCACAAAGAUAGCUCAAAUGACAGCACAAACGGUGGUAGUGUCAAUGUUUGUGCACCAAAUGUCGUGGCGAACAGUUCAAAGAUUCAUCCGCCGAACGCAAUGACCGUUCAAGUGGAGGUGCAUUCAAGUAGUAGCGGUGCUGGCAGCGGAAGCGAUGAAAGUCUUUCGGUUUCGUCGGGAUCGGAUGAACUACAACAAAAAAUGCCACCACGCAAUAUCACCCCGAAUAAUGUCAACAACAAUUUGGUCGAACAACAUGAUUACGAAGAUAUUUAUUUAGUACGCGAAGAGGCACGUACCACAACGAAAACCAAAUACGGACCAGGACGCAGUCGAUCACGUGACAGUGGAUCGCACAGCCGAUCGGCCAGCGCUAGUUCAAAUCACAGCGCAGAUAUUGUCGUCCAAUAUGCGGCCAAUCAGAACAAUCGCGACUUGAUGACCAAGAAAAAUAAAUUGAACGACACAAACAAAGGCAAGUAUGAUAAUUCGAAAAAACCAACUGACACACAGUUGAACAACAUGGUGGUGAGCAACAAUAAUGCCAGCCAAAAACCCAAUCACAAUGUUAUCAUCAACAAUAAUCAAUUGAAGAAUGACACAUACGAAAGUGUAUGUUCGCCUGAAGAUACGGCCGAACGCAUUAAAAUGGCACAGCGGCAUUCGAUCGCGGUCAAUAACACAAUUUCCACGGCGACAAACGCUCAUAAUAAUUCAAACAGUUCAAUGCCAUCGAAUGCUAAUUGCAGUAACAGCAACAACGGCAACAACAAUAAUCGCCCGUUGAAACGAGUCAUUUCGGCUCCUGUUGCAACAAAUGAGACGAAAGCUGUGGGUCCACCACCACCACCGUUGCCGCCACCAUUGAGAGCGCCCAGCCAGCCAAAUCAUGCAAUGCCCGUUCCAAUUAUGUCGGCUGAUUCGCAAGCCGGUUCCGCUGAAAGCGCUGUUCCUGUCUCCUCCGUCAAUGGCAAUGAUCAUGAUUCGGAUGAAAUUGAAUCAGACUUCGGUUUAGAAGUGGUCGAAGAGCCAACGUUGCGACCAUCUGAAUUAGUUCGAGGAAAUCAUAAUCGAACCAUGUCAACUAUUUCCGCAAACAAGAAAGCACGGCUUAUCAAUGGUACAACGUCGUCAGUACAACAUCAGAACAGUAACGGCGGUGGUAGUGCUUCAUCAUCCGACGAAUAUCAAACAUAUCAAGCACAGUAUUGUGCAUCGUCGUCUGUAUCAGUAGCAACUGCACAAGGACAAACAGCUCAAUCACGUUCCAACGGUCCAAAUUUGGUGAACAAACAACUGGUUUUACCAUUUGUGCCGCCCAGUUUCCCCAAUGGAACAUCGGAUGGAUCAAACCACCUAAUUAAACCAUCGGAAUAUCUUAAAAGCAUUAGUGAUAAGCGCUCAUCAGCUUCAUCUGCACGGUCGACAGAUACAGAAGACUAUAUGAAAAUUGAACUAGCAUCAAAUCAAACGGUUCCACCGCCGCCACCAUUGCCGCCUCCAAUCGGCGCAAUCACCACCACCAAUGGCGAUGCAAACGGGCCAAACUCCAAAACAAACACACUCAACAGCACGGCUAGCAAUAUACCAGCACCUCCACCGCCCCAAGAUACAGCCACACGUAAACAACAGCAACCACUCUCCGCUAUUUCCAUACAGGAUCUUAACAGUGUACAGCUUCGACGCACCGAAAAUAAGCCGUUAGCAAAAACGUAUUCCACACCAACAAGGAGCAUGAGCAUGCAAUGUUUAUCAUCAACCAAUGAAGCAUUUUUAUCGCAAAAAACGGACUUGAUCGCUGAAUUGAAAAUGUCCAAAGACAUCAAUGGCAUACGCAAAAUGAAAGUGGAAAAGGCAAAAAUGGAAGGAUCAUACGACAAAGAGGCUUAUUUAGAUAUUACCAAACAAUUUACAGCCACUCAUUUUGUCGAACAGAUUCCGGACAAAGACAAUGCCGGCAACAUCAUACCCGACUGGAAGCGUCAAAUGUUAGCAAAGAAAGCGGCUGAACGUGCAAAGAAAGAUUUCGAGGAUCGAAUGAUCAAAGAGGCCGAAGAUCGACGCCUGUCCGCAAUUCCACAAUGGAAGCGUGACUUAUUGGCACGUCGCGAAGAAGCCGAAAAUAAACUCAAAGCUGCGCUUUACACACCGAAAGUAGAAGAACCAUCCGUUCGUCUGUCCGAAUCAUGGCAUAUGCGUCAAGCGCAACGUGCCGUUUCAAUUGACAAUAUUAGCUUUAUAACCAGUGCAAUGGAGGACCGACAUCACUCCGCCACCAAGGAUAAUAGCAAUUUCUCAACAUUAAGCAAUAACAACUCGAAUCAUUCAUACAAUAACCAUAACAAUUCAAAUUAUCAUAACAAUAACCACAACAACAACAGCAACAGCAUCAACAGCAACGGCAACGGCAAUCAUAAAACUAACAACGAUGACAUUCGAAACAUCCAUAAUAACACAAAUAACCAAACUAAUAAUAACCAUAACACCAAUCCAAUUAAUGCAUCAACCGAUAAUUUACAUAAAGCUAGUGACGAUGAACCGGACAAUAUUAUACCGUGGCGAGCCCAACUACGGAAGACAAAUAGCCGAUUGAGUUUGAUUGGAUAAGACGGAAAAAAAAGUCGAAGCUAACGACAGACAUUUUUUUUUAAGAUUUUAAGGAAAACUAUGGAAAAACACAGCGAGUCAUAAUGCUAUUAAAUGAUUUAUACUUAGCUUAAGCGAAACGAGAAAAAAAGAAGAGAAAGAGAAGAACAUUUAUUAUGCCGAUUUUCAUUGACACACUGAAUUAGAUUAUAACUUAUAGAACUCACGCUUUAUAUCGAUUUACAUCUACAUUCAUCUAAUAUUUACUCUUUUUUCGCAUCGAUGAAUGACAUCGAAUGAAACAAUUUAUUAUAAUAAAAAAAAGAAAUAUUCCAUUUGCUUAUUAUUACAACUAUUUUUUUAAUCCAAUUGACCAUUUAUACGAUUUAUAUUCAAUUUAAGAAUAAAGGAAAACAAUUUCAAAACGAACAUUCGACUUACUAAAUAAUUCAGCACACAUCAGCUAAUGCACACACAUUUUGUUUGUUUUAGACAAUAGAUUAAAAACCGAUUUUUCCAAUAAGUUUCUUAUACUUUGUUUGUUUGCAAGGCCUCAGCUCUGUGAUUUUAUGCUUCCUGUUUUUGAAAUUUUUUGCCUCUACGUUAUUUGUGUCACUUGAGAAUGUUCUCGAUUAGAAUUAACUUAAAAUCGCUUCUGUGUUUUUGCAUUGAAUUAACCAAUUUUGCCUCUCCUAAAAACACUUUCUAACCGCAUUCAUCACAAAAAAAGUAACUUUUUUUACAUUUUGAACCAUUUUUCAUUGAACCUAACCGAAAUAUUACUGUUUUGAGGUUUACAUUCCUUAUAACAAUUUUAUGUUGAUUUUGUCAAUAGACAUUAAAUAACGGAAUCAAAGAUUUGUUUGCAAUACUAGAGAUUAGUUUACACUUUGCCGCUAUAAUUAGCAACUAUAGAUUUUAAUUUUGUUAUGCAAUUGAAAAAACCAACAAAAUGCGGACUGAAAAUUGCUGAUUCAAGGAAAACAGAUAACGCUAAAUGUGGAACAAUCCAUUCGAUGAAUAACAAUAAAUUCAGUUCAAUGACGAUUAGAAGCUAAUGACAAUAUGUAGAAAAUGAGCAAUUUUCAAUAUGUUUUCUUUCUUUUUCAUGGAAGUCUUUUGUAAAUAUCCAAUCUUUUGUUUCGAUUAAUGUGACUUCCAAAUUUGGAAUGAUUUGCCUCAUUUUGAUGUUUUUUUUUUUAUGUAAAUACGAUUUUUUUUUACAUUAGAAAUGAAAAACUAUUUUUGUUUUAAGAAAAGAAAUGUUGUACUAGAAUUAAGGCUUUAUCAAUUUUCAACCCUUCCUUAUGAAAUACGGAUUGUAUUUAAUUUCAAACAAAAUUAUAAUAAAGUUAUUUUUCGCUACAUA